AUAUCCGGGGAACAGCAGUUGUGUAGCCGGGUACUGUACUUGUGCAACGGACGUGAGACUGGAAGUCUAACAGAGUAUUACCGUGAGUACACAACACUGGCGACGAGGAUGGUCGAUCAAGAACCACAAGCUAGCAACGGCAGAGCACAGAUAGCAGACGCACCCCGUGGACCACUGCUAGGGAAGCCGAGUCGCUACGUUCCGGGAGGAGAUUGGCCAAGCUAUACGGAACAGAUGGAUUUCUUCUUCGUGGCUAAUGGUGUGUCAAACGCGCAGCACAAGAAAGCAAUCUUGCUGACGAAUGUUCCCACAGAAACAUUCCAAUUGAUCAAGGACCUGUUGGCGCCAACACCACCUAGCGACGGCGGCGUCACAUAUGAACAGAUCGUACAGGUGGUAAAGGACCACGUCAAGCCCGAACAAUCUCCUCUCGUGAGUCGUUAUGAAUUUGACACUAGGGUGCGUAAAUCUACGGAGUCGGUGAGUGAUUUUGUCAAAGUCCUCAGGCACCUAGCAGCAAAGUGCAAAUUCCACGAUGACCAAAGAAAUGAGCGUCUCAGAGACAGAUUCAUAGCGGGUAUCAAAGAUGAUCGGAUGUUGAGGACGCUAUUAGGAGAGACGUUGACGGACCUUACGUUUGACAAAGCCGUACAACGUUGUGUGGCAAUGGAGCAAGCCAGUAGGGAUGUGGAGACGCUCAGAGGAGAGGCAGGACUCCAACCACGACCACACGAAGACACGGUCGGGAUGGCUGAGGUUCAUCAAAUGACAACGGGAUCAACCACAUGUUAUCGAUGCGGAGGAGCACAUGAAGCCAGAGAGUGUCGAUUUAGAACAGCUACAUGUUUUCGUUGUCAAAAACAAGGACAUGUACAAAGGAUGUGCAGGACCAAACCAGGUCCAAGAAAAGAAGUCCAAUCUGACAAGGGACCAAUUCGGAAGGAAAAUAAGAAGAAACCAGCGAUGAAAUGCCUGGAAGCAUGGGAGAAGGAGGAACAUAGUGAGAGUGACAGUGACUUGUACAACUUGUUCAGUCUUGGCAGAAACCACGCCAUGGAGGUACAGGUGCAAAUUGAACGGAAACCCAUUGUCAUGGAAUUAGACACUGGGGCGGCCGUAUCAGUCAUAAGUCAUGAGGAAUACAAGAGGAAACUAAGACAGCAGGUCUCCAUCAAAGAGACAGAUCUGUUGCUGCACACGUAUACUGGAGAGACCGUCAAACCAAUGGGAGUGUGCACAGUGAACGUAGAACAUAAUCACCAGAAACAACAGUUGCCCUUGUAUGUACUACCCGGAAAAGGGCCAGCUCUUUUGGGACGAGAAUGGCUGAAAGCCAUCCGACUGCAAUGGUCACUCCUCCAUCUGAACGCAACUCAAGAACUAGAAGACCUGCUAGCACGACACCCCAAUGUGUUUGGAUUGGGGUUGGGGCGCAUGAAAGGCAUCAAGGCCCGAAUAGCGUUGCGGAGUGACAGCACACCACGUUUUUGGAAGGCAAGACCGGUGGCUUUCGCGAGGAAGAAAGCCGUGGAGCAAGAACUAGAUAGGCUGGAGUCUGAGGACGUGAUAGAACGGGUACAGCACAGCGAGUGGGCGGCGCCAAUAGUUACUCCUGUCAAGAAAGGAGGCAACGUUCGGAUUUGCGGCGAUUUUAAAGUGACCGUUAACCCACAGCUAGAGAUAGACACCUACCCACUCCCUCGAAUUGAGGAGAUUUAUGCAGGCUUGGGAGGAGGGAAACACUUCACAGUCAUCGACCUGAAGCAAGCCUACUUGCAAAUGGAGCUGCAAGAAGACUCCCAGUUGGCAAUGACCAUCAACACCCAUAGGGGCCUGUAUCGGUUCAAGCGCCUACCGUUCGGAGUAGCUUCAGCCCCAGCAAUAUGGCAACGAGCGAUGGAACAAGUUCUGAUGGGAAUACCGGGCACCAGAUGCUACCUGGACGAUAUCAUCAUCACGGGCCACACCCUAGAAGACCACUUGACCAACUUGGAGAUGGUUCUUCAUCGGCUGGAGGAGUAUGGCUUGAAGAAUAUUGUGGCCACAUAA